AUGAAGCUCCUCUACCCCACCUCCCUCAAGCUCGACGUACAAAGCCUCCAGGGCUUCUCCGUCUCCCUUCACCCCUACAAUGUGAAGGAGCCAAUUCCCGAGGAACUGAUUGACGCCGAUAUCCUCGUGACUUGGGCCAACGCGGCCACCAACCUCAAAGAUGCCGCAAGCCGCAUGAAGAACCUCAAAUGGAUUCAAUCCCUGGCCGCGGGUCCUAAUGACGUGCUUUCAGCUGGAUUCGACGCCUCAAAAAUCACAGUGACCACCGGUGUCGGUCUCCACGAUGGCCCCGUCGCCGAGCACGCGCUCGGUCUCCUCCUGAACGGAAUCCGCCGGUUCUACGAAAUGCGCGAUUACCAACUCCAGUCUAAAUGGCCCGGUCACCUCGGUGGCUCCUUCCCCCGCAGCGACUUCACUACACUGCGCGAUUCCCGCGUGUUGAUCUGGGGCUUCGGUAGCAUUGCCAAGAAACUCACUCCUUACCUCACUGCUCUCGGUGCCGAAGUGAAGGGUAUCGCCCGCAGCCACGGAGUUCGCAACGGUGUUGAAGUUUUCGGCGAAGAUAAGCUUGCUGAGCUCUUGCCUGAGACCGAUGCCCUCGUUAUGAUCCUACCUGGAUCUGAAUCAACAAAUAAUGCACUGAAUGCUGAGAGACUCAAGCUGCUGCCGAAGCAUGCUUGGUUGGUCAAUGUUGGUCGGGGAACAUCCGUGGACGAAGAUGCGUUGGCAGAUGCGCUGGAGAAGGGUGAACUUGCGGGUGCCGCGCUUGAUGUGUUUAAGACCGAGCCACUGCCUGAGUCGAGCCGACUGUGGAAGACACCCAAUGUGAUUAUUUCCCCACACGCGGCUGGUGGAAGACCUGAAGGUUGCACGGAGUUCAUUGCAGAUAACCUGCGACGCUACUUGGCUUCGCAGCCUCUCAAGAAUGUCAUCUGA